CCUCGUUUAUAAAGUAGAGGUCAACGGCGAGAGGAUCAGUGCGUUCUUUCGUCUGCCUCGAACUUGCUACCCUCUUCUCGCGUUUCAUCGUUCACUUUAAUGUCGGAUUGGCAGAGCAUACUAUGCGCGGAAAGACACAAAGAAUUCCUCGAGAAACUAGUCGCGGUGUUAUUCGAUUACGCCUUCGAAAGUUUGUCCCGUGAUAAUCCUGUGUCAAGAUGGAGAGAGCCGAGUUACCUGGAAGGGAUCAUAGACUUCAAGCUGCAGGAGCAACCCAGGAGCCAGGACAGGCUUCUAGAAGUCGCAGCAAAGAUUCUCAAGUAUAGCGUGAAGACAGGACAUCCUUACUUUAUGAAUCAAUUGUUCUCGGGAUUGGACCCAUAUGGUUUGGCCGGGCAAUGGCUUACGGACUCGUUGAACUCUUCAGUAUACACAUACGAAGUAGCGCCGGUCUUGACACUAAUGGAAAAGACAGUAAUAAGAAAAUUGUUAAAUAUGUUUUAUAAGGAAGAGAAUGGAACUAUCAUAGGGGACGGCCUCUUUUGCCCAGGCGGAUCUUUCGGCAACGGCAUUGCUAUUAACUUAGCGCGAUUCUGGUUUCGGAAAAAAUCCGAGAACAUGAAAAAUAUACCGUCGUCAAACCUAGUCCUUUUUACAUCCGAAGAUGCUCAUUACUCGGUCUCAAAGUGGGCAAACGUAUGCGACGUAGAGAUCGUGCUAAUAAAAACGGACGCGUACGGCAGAAUGAAUGUUAACGACCUGAGAGUUAAGAUAUUGAGUGAAGAAGAAAAAGGAAAUUAUUCAUUCGCCGUUUCCGCGACUGCAGGGACCACAGUUUUGGGUGCGUUCGAUCCACUUAUCGAGAUCUCUAAUAUUUGUCAAGAGUUCGGUAUGUGGCUGCACGUUGACGCGGCUUGGGGCGGCGGUUUGAUAUUCAGCAAACGGCACAGCGCUCUUUUACGAGGAAUACAGAGAGCGGAUUCUAUUUUGUUCAAUCCGCAUAAAUUGCUGGCCGUUCCUCAGCAAUGCUCGUUACUUUUGACUAAGCACGAGAGCAUCCUUAAAGACGCACAUUCUAAGCAAGCUCCCUAUCUGUUCCAAAAGGAUAAAUUCUACCCCGCGGAUUUAGACGUUGGUGAUAAAUACCUACAGUGCGGACGCAGGCCAGAUGUUCUGAAAUUUUGGUUUAUGUGGCAGGCUAAGGGUACUUCAGGAUUUGAAAAGCACGUCGAUCAUUUAAUGAAACUUUCAGCUCUCUUUAAAGAAGAAAUUGAGAGAAGGGAUGGUUUCGAAUUAGUGACAGAUUCUUGUUAUAUAAACGUAUGCUUUUGGUUCAUUCCACCCUCUUUAAGAAAUCGUAGUUUAUUUUGCGAUUACAAGAAACGACUGAACGAAGUCGCACCGAAAUUAAAGGAGAAGAUGACGAAACGGGGUAGCUUAAUGAUUAAUUACCAACCACUCCACGAGAAUCCAAACUUUUUUCGUUUCGUUGUACAAAAUUCAGGAUUGGAUGAACGGGACAUCUUUUAUGUCUUUGACGAACUGGAAAAUCUUGGAGAGUCUAUGUAACGAUUCUCAAAUUAUGAUUACCCAAGUGAUUUGUAAAUAAUUUUUAAUGUAAAUUAUAAUUCAAAGAAAGAAUACA